ACCCACGCGUUUUUGUCUCAUAACCGGAUCCAAGUAGAUCCGAACUUGCAACAGCAGACCCCCUCUUCCGUUCUUCCCUCUUCCGCCCUGAUUUGUGAUUUGUGAAAAAAAUUCUGCUGUAAAAUCGAAACCCUCGAAGAUUCAAAUCCUUAUGUAUGUGCCUGUGCAUUGGUUGUAGAUGCUGCUCAUUCAAAUAAUUUUUUAAUCUCCCAAACUCAUCAAUGGAGGAGGAGAAGGCCGCUGCAUAUUAUGACGAGCUCACGCGGAAAGGCGAAGGCGCUGCUAGAUUCAAACAAGGCCUUGGAUUCUCCUCACAGUCUUCAAAUACCACUAACGAUGCCGUUAGAGGUUCUGCUCUCCCAUCUUCCUCUUCCUUUCUCAGCAAUUUCGUUAGGGCUUCCAGUCCCGGUAAAGCUGCAGAGCUCCAAAGACAAGCACAGCUCGAAAGCAUUCAAAAUAAACUAAAGAAGAAACCAAGCUCUGGAAAUCAAUCCAGGGAUUCUGAUAAUCGAGGCAGAGAUGGAAGCAAGUAUGAUGCAGGGCACGAUUCGAGAGCCAGUAGGUGUCGUUCUUCUAGUAGAGAGAGAGAUAAAUCGUCGAGGAGAAGAAGUAGAAGUAGAGAUAGGCACGAGUCGAGGCGUCGACAUCGUUCAUCCAGCAGGGACAAAGAUAGAGAAAGAAGGGGCGAGAGGAGGAGGAGCAGGUCUCCAAGUUAUCAUGAUGAAGGCAGGCACCGAAGGAGUUCUCGAGAAAGAAGAAGUAGAGGAAGAAGCAGGAGUUCAUCCCCUCGGGACCGAAGGUCGGAAAAGAGUAGAGGCCACAGCUACAAAGAUAAAGGAGAGGGUAAGAGCGAGAAGGACAAAAAUGGUGGAAUCGACUACUCAAGACUCGUUGAGGGUUAUGCAGAUAUGACUCCAGCUGAAAGAGUUAAAGCCAAGAUGAAACUUCAACUCUCACAAACUGCUGAUAAGGAUGCUACAAUGGGCAUGGGUGCUGGAUGGGAACGAUUUGAGUUCAACAAGGAUGCCCCACUUGAUGAUGAGGAAAUUGAAGUGGCGGACGAUGAUGCAGCAUUGGUCAAACAUAUUGGCCAGAGCUUCCGGUUUUCUGCUGUGGAGGCAAGAAAGGAGGAACAAAUAAAAGCUGCUCAUGACGAGGCCAUGUUCGGAGUAUCAGCUGCUCCACCACCUGUAGUUACAGACAAGAAACCAACCAAGGACAAUGAUGACAAAGAGAGCAAUCAAAGUGUGACUUUGACAAACCUUAUAAGUGAUAAGGUGCUUGCGAAGCAACGGGGUUCUUGGAGAGAUCGAGCUCGUAAAGUUACAGAUGGACAGAAAAGCUGAAGGGAGUUGAGAAUUGUUUGAGCACUAUGAUGGAGUUGAUUGUCCUUGUCCACGCAAAGAAACAUGAUAAACAUCUGUUGCUUUCUCUUGUCGGUCAGCCAUCAUUGUUUUCCAAUUCCAUCAUCUUGCCAAGAAGAAAUUGUUGAAUCUUCUGAGACGAGGGAAGAUGCGCCUACCAAUGGAUGCUGCAAAACGCAACUUUUCACAUCGAACGUCUGAACUGAAAACGCUUUAAAUGGGAAUUUGGAUUGCAAAUGUCAAUGAACAAGAGAAUGAAUCAAAAUCCAGCCUUAGCUGGCGGUGUAGAACUGCUAAUAUGUGCCUGGAUUUUUAGCUUUUGAGUUAAAAAAAGAGGUGAUUGGUUGUGGCAAAUACGGGUUGUACGAAUUUUUUUAAAAAAAGAGGUAUUUUUCAACUGUUUGUUUUUGUUAUGUUAUAUCCAAAUAACAAUUCGAGGAUCCAUUUCCUCUUAUUCGUGCACGUAUGUCAUUGUUAUUAAGGCUGUGUUUGGUUGCUAUGUAAAUAAAAUUUGCAUU